AUGUUUGGGGGGGUGGUGGUGAAAUGGGGGAGGUCGGGGUCUCUCCGCUUCAUCCCCUCAUCCUCUAACGCAACCCAAACCCCCAACCACCCAUCCGCCCCUUCAGCCCCCGGCGUCCCCGACACCCUCCGCGGCCACCUCGACCUCACCGCGACCCUCACCCCCUCAUCCACCUCCUCGAAACCCGCCGCCACCGCGACGCCCACCCCCAUCACCUCCCAUCCGCUCGAAGCCCGCCUGAUGCAGUGGCGCGCGACGCAGGACGCCUUGAAGAUGGAGACGCUGCGCCGGGUGUACGGGAUCGCGGAGCCGGUGAAGCGCGGGAUGGAGCUACAAAUUGUCGGAGCGGGCGAGUGGGCGCCGGCGAUGGUGGGAGGGACGGCGGCGGUGCAUCGGGAGGUGUUGGAGGGGAGGGAGAUGGAUGUGGCAUGGGAGGAUGUGUUUGUUGGGAAUGAGACGAGAGAGGUGCCGGAUUUCCAUUCGGAGAUGGAGGGGAACUUUAAGAUGAAUUGGUAG